AUGUCUACUUUACGAAUAUUCAUUUUAAUUUUAAUUAAUUUUUUGACAAUUUUCAUAUUUAAAAUCCCAUCAGCUUUAUCAACUUCUACACAAAAUUUAAAUAUUAAUUUGGAAAGAAUUAAAAGAGAAAUUAAAGAAAAUACAAGCAAAAAUACAACAAAUAGUGAAGAAAAAGAAAAUGAUAAACAAGUAAAUGAUCGUUAUGGAAAAUAUUUGGCACAGCGAAAACGUAUACUUGAAAAGGAUGAAAACGAAACGGAGAAGUUUGAAUCUACAACUACGGCUAGUGUACAACAUAAGGAAAAAGAUGAAGAACAAGUUGUUGAUGAAGGGUGACGAAAUGAUCACUUUAUGACAUCACUUUAUGCCAUUCGUUUUCCCCACAAAAUGGGCAUUUUUAUGGGAGGGACGAAAUAGGGGAUUGACGAAAUGGGGGAGUGACAAAAUGGUAAUUCUAAGGAAGUGACGAAAUGUCUAUUUUUUGGGGAGGGGAGGAAAUGACCACUGGAAGGCAGG